CAUUUUCUUAUUCCCACAGGAGAAUGGCCAUGCUAAAACCAAUGGGAAUGCCUCUCCAAGUGCAGAAGCAGCCACGGAGGAUGUGCAGGCCAAUGGAAAGCACUCUGCUGAUGAGGAGGUGAAAGCAGAGGAAGCAAAGGCCGAGGAAGGAGGUGCAGAGAAUGCUGCUCCUGAGGGCCAAGUGGAAAGUUCCACCGUCGGCAAUGGUGAAGACACAGCCAAAACAGAAGAAAACGGUUCUGCUUCGGCAGAGCGGUGAGCCCGUCAAAACCAAAAAGCGCUUCUCCUUUAAAGAAACCAUUCAAACUUAGCGGCUUCUCUUUAAGAAGAGCGCUAAAAAGGAUGCUGAAGGUGGAGAGGCGGCAGCAGCAGCAGCUGUGGAGAAUGGUGAACCGAAGAAGGAUGCUGAACCAGAAUCUGAGGAGGCCAAGCCUGAGGCCUCCAGCGACGAGAACAAGACGGAGGCUCCAGCUGAGGCAACCGAAAGCUGAGGAGCCAGCUGGAAAACAAAGAAGAAAAACCAUCCAGUGAGGUAGCCGAAGAGAAGCCAGCUGAGGAGAAGCAAGCCGAGGCUGCUCCUCAGGAACCCAGCAGCCGCAGAGAGCUCAGAUGCCCCAGCCACUGCCACAGAGUAAGAUGGAGGGUAAAAAUCCCAUUUUAAGUGACGUCAGAGGAGCACAAACAUGGAAAAUUUGUACAAAAAACCAAUGACAUUUCAAGCCGUCAGUUUUCUCCCAUACUUUUAUCCAUUCCUGUUUCAUCCACUACAUUGUAUAUGGCAUUUUGAAGGAAGGAAGUUGGAUGGAAUGAUUUGAAGUGAAAGGCACAUUUCCCCCUUUUUUUGUAGCAGUUGUGUGGCUGUGUGUGGAUGAGUGAGAUUAAUAGAGCAUUGCUUGUUUCAAUUGUUGUUGUUGUUGCUGUUUUUGUUCAUUUUCUUUUGUAGGUGAACUAUGUUAGUGUCAUAAGGACAUUGAGUUGAAAUGUUAGUUGAAGGUACUGGUGCCAUACAAUUUGGUAAAUCAAGUGUGUGGAAAAAGGAGCUAUCAGAAAAAACGUAAUUCAGAUGUUUACUGGUCAGUUCUCAUUUGAUUUUACAGACAUCAUUACAUGAAUCACCAAAAACAGGUGCUCAAAACCUCAGCAGAUGCAUUGUGCAAUACUGCAGCAUUACGUAUUUGUAUUGGCUUUUGUCUUGCUGGAUUUUACAGUGUUGAUCAUAUUUUCUUUCUUAAUAUCUAUGGUAUCAAGUUUGAAGUAUGAAGUUUUUUUUUUCCCUCUCUUUCUAUAAUCCUGUUUCAAUGAGAAUGAUUUUUUUGAAAUGUUUAACAUCAAAGCAUUGGACCUGUCUUGUGUAAUGCAGUCCAAGUGGUUUUUAUUCCAGCAGAGUUCCACAAAUGUUUGAAAAAUUACCAGUGCAAUCGUCAGGUAGAUUUUUUUUUCUCUCCCCAUUUCC